CUCAGUCAACCGUUAACCGCCAUUAACUACUCAACCUCGCAACACAACCUCUCUCGUUGUCUCAUGCGACAGCGCCAGCCCCCUCCGCCUUCCCGUGUCAUGUGCUUGGAUACCGGGGGGGACGGGAAAGGUGUCUCGGUAUGUAAGGUAGGCGACGCGGAAGUGUGAUUACAGCGCGUGAGGCUCGGUGCGUCUCUCGUCAACGACAGCCGCGGAUCGCAGCUGGUCCUUCGACAUGGCGCCCAAAGACCCUCUCCUCGGCACUCUUAAAGUGUGUGUCUUGAACCUGCAGUCAGAUGGAGAGAUGGUGACAGACACCAACCCUCACCUUGCCUCCUGCUGCGAGCUUCUUGAACUGGUCCUCAGGAAGGGGCUGCAACAGCCAAUUCUCAGCCUGGUACACAGAGACUACUGGCACUGUUUCGAACAGCUUCCCCACCAGGAUGCCUGUGGCAGGCUCUCUGCUCUCUCCUUGGCAGUGGAGCAGACCAGAGUUUGCAGGAAGCUGCUCUCAGCUCAGGGACGGGGCCGCUACCUGCUCAGACUGGCCCUCAGCCGCAAGGCCCUGCCACAGCUCAUCACACACCUGCUGCACACACCCAGAGUCCUGGAGUGGUACAGCCCGGCUUUAUCAAUUCUUAGGAAUGAGGAAUUUGUGGAGCCUUUCAUGUCCCUGCUGCUGGUCCUCUCUCACAUGGAGUUUAAAGUGGACAUGGAGAAUUGUAGUUUUCUGGAUGAGAGCUGGCUCCUACCGGCGUGCGAAAUGUACGAAGUAGUGCCCUGCCGGGAUGUCGGGAUGGUGUUGAGGUAUCUCAGUGGGCGCGUCUUUGUCCUCGACCUGAUGGCUGGUAGUCAGGCUCAUGUCGACAAGUUUAUCUGUCCCGGUGACAUCAUUGAUGAAAUCAACGGGACCUCGCUGAGGAAUUCCAAGUGUGGACAGGCAGGUGUGGUUCUGUCGCGGCUGAAGGGCUGCCCCCUGUCCAUCCGUGUUCUGCGAUGGAGGGCCCACGAUGGAACAGUGUAUAGGCCCCUUAUCAAACUCCUCCAGGCCCUGAGGAUGGAAAACCCCACGCUGCAACUUGGCCCUGCUCCCUCCCUACAGUCAGCCCCCAAGGACCAGAGCCCUUCUUCGUCACAGUGCCUCAAAGAGGGAAGGAUUGUGUACAUUGUGCAGUUCUUGGGGAAAGCAAACAUUGGAAUGUUUGGAGGCAAGGAUGUGCUGCAACAUGCAAUUCCGCAAGUGUUGCGGAACAACCUGCCUAGCAAGGAAGUGCUCUUAGAUAUGAAGGAAACACAUUUGACAUGCACUGACAGAAACAGCACAUUGGAGCUCUUUGCUCACCACUAUCCAGAGAUUUCAUGUGUGGGGAGAUACGGUCAACCAGACUACACAAUAUUUGCGUUCUGUGUGGCAGACUCCCCAGAAACCCCUCAGUCAACGGGCUUUUGCUGUGUGGCACUCAGAGCCAGUACCAUCAAGGAUUGUGAAGAGAUUGUCUGCCGUAUAGCUACUGGCUUCAAGCAUACAGAGUGGUUUGUAUGACAAAUCAACUGGUCAAUGUGUGGUUGUAAAUAAAUGUAUAUAAAAAGAUCAUACACUGUCUGAACUACAUUU